AUGGAUCGUGAAUCAAAUUCAAAACUUCGACGGAGUCCAUUCCAUGAACGUUCGAGGAGGGAGAUUGAUCGGUAUCAUCAAGACAAGAAAAAUAAACGCAAUAGAUAUGAAUCAAGGCAUAGAAGCUUGUCUGAUAGUGAACAUAACGACUAUGAAAGACGUAGAAAAGAUGAUCGAGAAAAUAGGAAAAGACGGAGAUCAAGAAGCCCUCGUAAAAAUAAAGAACAAAAAAAUUCUCCAAAGAUACAAGAGGAGGAGGAUAAAGAGUUGGCCAAUAUUACACCAGCACAGAAAAAAACGGUAGAUUUACUUACUUCAAAAACUGGAGGAGCAUAUAUUCCUCCAGCUAAAUUGAGAAUAAUGCAAGCAGAGAUAACGGAUAAAUCAUCUGCUGCAUAUCAACGUAUUGCAUGGGAGGCUCUCAAGAAAUCUAUUCACGGUUACAUCAAUAAAGUUAAUACGACACGAUCAAUUAUUCAAGCUCAAGCUGCUUCGCCAACUUUUACACCAGUUUAUGCAGCUUUGACUGCUGUUAUUAAUUCCAAAUUUCCCAAUAUCGGAGAAUUAUUAUUAAAACGAUUAGUUAUUCAAUUUAAACGAGGCUUUAGGAGAAAUGACAAGCCUUUAUCUUUAGAAUUACUUACUUUACUAAUCGAAACUCCAACAGAUGAUUCAGUAGAAGUAGCUAUAGCAUUUUUAAAAGAAUGUGGUAUGAAACUUACCCAAGUUUCAAAAAAAGGAAUUGAAUCAAUUUUUGAAAUUUUAAGGAAUAUCCUUCAUGAAGGUCAGUUGGAUAAAAGAGUCCAGUAUAUGAUUGAGGUAGUAUUUCAAAUUCGAAAAGAUGGAUUCAAGGAUCAUGUGGCUGUUAGUGAAGAAUUAGAUUUAGUUGAAGAAGAAGAUCAAUUUACGCAUACAAUAGAAUUGGCCCAAUCUAUUGAUGGCGAAGAUAUUUGA